UGUACGCCGGCGCACAAGAGCUUUGAAGAUGGCCGCCAGAUUCGGAAUUCGAUUUCCUUUGCUUUGACGAAAAUCGUCAGAUAAUUUUUAGACCACCGAGAAUUCAUCUGUUAGAUGAUUCUCCAAUGGAUAGGCUUUUAUUUCAUUCUGUCGGACAUUUCCCUGGGAAAUUUAGAACAGUGACUGAUGCUGAGAAGAGGCGAAUUAUGAUGGUAUUUUGUGAUUGUGAUUAUGGCAGCAAAGGUUAUCUGUGCAGAGAGGAUCUCAAAAUCGCAGUGGUGACACUUUUUGGUUACAAACCAUCUAAGUAUGAGGUGGAUCAGAUGAUGAAAGGAUGCAAAGACACCGAAGGCAUAACUGAGAAACAGUUCUUGAGCCUGAUGAGCUCAAAGAUGGCGGCACAGGACAGAGACGAGGAGAUUAGACAUAUCUUUAUGACCUUUGACACACACUGUCGUGGUUUCAUCACCAUAGAUGACCUGCGAAGGGCAUUCAGUGAAGUGGCACCUCACAUCCCAAGACACAGGGUUGAGUCCCUGUUCAGGGAGGUAGAUAGAGAUGGUGACGGACGUGUGGGCUACCUUGACUUUGAGUUCAUGAUGAAAUACAGCCUGGAGGAUGGCUUCUGAAGAACAGUUUACCGUCUCAGUGAGAUGCUUAGAGGAUGAGAUCAGAGCUGUGUCAAGGAGAUGGAUUUGAGGGAUCAUGAAUUAUGGAGUUCAACUUUGCCCCAAGAGUUCUGCUGAAGCUGAUGAAAGGAGAGUGGCUUGCACGUUGGAUCAUGCAUCCUUUGCGAGUGGCAACAACUCAAACUCUGAACUUCAUCGGACACUUGCGGCCAUGAGUUUUCUUCAUGUGUGCACCUCAAGGACGUGAUUGAAACAUUUUGAAAAUCAAGUGUGAAAGAACUGCUUCCAAUUCUACAGGUUGUGUGAACCCCAGUGUGAGCCUUCUCCAUCUCUUCCUCGGUAUUGCUCCAUCAGGUGUGCAUUUUCUUAGUUGCGAGAGGUUUGUAGGAAGCCCCGUUGAGUGGACGCUCUGAUUUGAGUAAUAUGUGGAAUGAAGUGUCUUUAGAGUAUUUUCAUUUUAUGGCACCAAAUAGCUUCCAAAAAUAGAACGGUAUUUGCUGGAAUAAGUAUAUAUGUUUAAAUUGGACAUACAUUAUGUUGACACCCUUUUUAUCCAUUCUCUGGAUUUCAGGAUUUUUCGCUCAAAAAUUCUAAAUUUGUAGAUAUUUAAUCAUUCAGGUUUGGCCACUUUUAAGCACUUCUUACAAAAAAUCACAUAUAAUAUUCAAUUAAUCAAUACCAUUUGGCAAAAAACUUUGGCCUCACAGCCAUUCAAAGCCCUGAAAAGUGAUACUGUUUUAUUGUCAUUGUUUGAACCCAUCUGCUGGUUGGUCUAUGGAUCUCAUCCAGUCUCACCCGUUGAAAACUCUUUAAAGGUUAUGUCUGACAAAAUGUUUGUCAGAUCAGUGAAACGAGAAAAGGCUGGAGAGAUGCAUGUGUGUACAUGCUGUCACAUUUCUAAUGAAAGAUGAAGGUAAAAGUGGGAUUGGAAUCUUUUGCUGUACAUGCAUGUUUAUUUAUUCCCUUGUGCACACAACGGAUUCUAGUUGCUACACCAUCUGUGGUUCCAACAUUCAAAAAACUGUGAUGCUGUCUAAAAAUGAUACUGAAAACCGUCCAUUAGUAAAAUCAUUUUGGUUCGCAGCAGAUAAAAAUCCAAAAGGAGCUGUAAGGAUUGUCAAUAUUGUUUGUUGGCUAUUGAUUGUAUUGAUUUAAGUGUGUUUAUAUUGUUGAUAAUGGGCAAAUUCUCAAAAAUGUUAUUUAUUAAAGAUUCAUAAAUACCGACUUAUUUUUCUAUUCCUAUUGGUUGAAGCGCGUCAUGCGACCAUGUAUUAACAUUUGAUAAUGCCCGCCGAGAAGUGAUAAUGUCCACUGCGUAAAUCAUGAGCUGGCACAUGGAUACGAGACAGUUUAAUUGAUUCUGAUUGGCCAGGAGUCUGUUGGAAAACUUUCAAAGGAAUAAAGGUACAUAAAAAUGGACAGGGGUUUUCAGGAAAAUGAAAGUAAAAUUUUAGAACAAAAUUGUUGGAAAUCCAUCACAUGUUAACUUCUUUUGACUCUCUGAAUUAAAAGGUAUUUAUGAAUGGGAAUAAAUAUGUGCUUGGCCAGAGGAGACUGAACGCUUAUUAUGCCCUCGCCUGCGACUCGGGCUUCAGUCGUAUCCAUUCUCCUGAGCCGGACUUCAAUGCACAUUUAAGACUGGUCUAGCACAUAUUCAUUCCCGUAUUAAAACUUGUCAUGAGAGAUAUGAAAUGAUGAAACAGUUGUAUUCCUUUUUAGGGGAGGGGAUUGUUUGGUUUGUGUGAUUUUGUUUUCAGUUGCAGGAAGCUUAAUUGUGGUCUUGUUCGAUUUAAAAUGCUUUAGUGUAAAGAUCAAUCAAUUCACCUGUAUUUUGAUAAUGCAUGUACCAACUGUAUAUCUUCACAAUUAUGUAUUCUCGUUAUCUUACCUGUUUAGAAAAUAAGACAUUUGGCUUAGAUUAAAGUAAGACAUGCAGUUCCAA